AAAACCCUCUUUUCCAUGUCAUUCUGCCUUAGUUUUUUCCUCUUUACCCUGCAGCUCAGAACUUCGAGUCCUAGGACUGUGACGAUCUAGUAUAAUCGGUAUUUAAUUCCACUAAUGUUGCCUGUGUUCGAUCCCCGGGUGCAUCUUGUUGUUCUUACUCUUAAGAGACAGAAUCAGGAAGUCGUCCUCCCGACCAGGGCUGGGGGCAGUGGGGGCAGCUCUCCCAUCCUCAUCCCCUGAUUUGUGUGGCAGGACUGACAGCCGAGGGGAUAAUGUCCCCAGAAGCAACACAGACUCCCGCUUGGGUGAGAUCCCCCGGAAAGAGGUAAUUUCCACAAUAACCUUCAGAGAGAUUAAGAAACUUUCCCAAGGUCACAAAGCCAAAGAGGAAGAAUUCGAACUCAGAUCUGCCCAGAGUCAGAGCUCUUUCCAUGACUUCCUGAGGUUCUGCCCUCCCAAGGCCAAAGGGAUGGUUAUCAAGGCAUGGAGCAGUGGAGGUCAGAGAAUCAGGUGUGGGCAGGUGAGAGAAGAAAGGCAAGUAUUAGUCUGGUUUAGGUUUGGUCUCUGGGUGUAGACUUUGCCAGCCAAGGGACCGGGCUUGGACUUGGUGGGCAGAACUGGAAACAAGAUUGGAGCGAAUGGGACCCAGGAUUGAUCACUCACAGGUGUCCCUGGGCAAAUCUUGUCACUUUCCGGGCUGAUCAGGGCAGUGUGGCAGCAGCCUGAAAGGCAGACCUGCAGCUGCUUUUAUGUAGGGCUUGCCAUGGGGGGCUUGGGACGCUCGGAGGGGAAAGAAGCUGCCUGGCUGGCUGCAAGCUAGGACAGAUGCCACACCAGGGAGCCCCAUCCUCCACCAGCCCCUCCCUGCCUGAUUAAGAGACCCUAAUCAGCUUGGGGAGAUUAAGGGCUCUGGCCUGCUGUUCCCACACCCCCCCCCAGGCCCUGGCAAAGGAGACCUGUGGGAGGGCGUCAGAAGGAUCGGCCCUGUGACCCCUCACCCCGGCCCUGGGCCCGAGCCCCGGACUUUCCGGUGAGUGGCAAAGCCCCCUCCACACGGACUCCAGGUCCCUUCUGCCAGAGACAGACCAUGGAAGGGUGCGGGAGUGUCCCCACUGACCCCCGACGGCUCUGAGAGGGGGGAAGGGCAGACAAAGGAAGCAGAGCGAAGCGGGUGGAUCAGGGGGGUGCUUCCGGGCCAUGCCCCUGACCCCAUACAGUCGUCCAAGCCCGCGGAGGGGGUGUGGAAGCAGAGACAAGCCGCGGGUCAAUUGAUUUGAGAAGCUGGGGGUUGCGGAGACCCCUAAGAGAGCUCUGGGGGUCACAUCCGCUCCUCCUGCUCCGUUUAUGCUCCCAGAGGCCCGCAAUGACAGCCUGCGCCCUCCUCGAAGGUGGGCUUCGGGACCCCCGGCUCUGCGCCCCCGCGUGGUGGGCUCCGUCUCCGCCCGGCCUUCCCCGGACCCUGCCUCGGCUGGGGCUCCUGCUGCUGCUGCUGCUGCUGCUGCUCCUGCCACGCUCUGCCCUCUCCGCCGUCUUCAAAGUAGGGGUGCUGGGGCCCUGGGCCUGCGAUCCCAUCUUUGCCCGAGCCCGCCCGGACCUGGCCGCCCGCCUGGCCGCCGCCCGCCUGAACCGCGACGCUGCCCUGGAGGGCGGCCCUCGCUUCGAGGUCGCGCUGCUGCCCGAGCCGUGCCGGACGCCUGGCUCGCUGGGGGCGGUGUCUUCCGCGCUCACCCGCGUCUCGGGCCUCGUGGGGCCGGUGAACCCCGCGGCCUGCCGUCCGGCCGAGCUAUUAGCCCAAGAGGCGGGGGUCGCGUUGGUGCCCUGGGGCUGCCCUGGGACGCGGGCGGCGGGAACCACGGCCCCCGCGGUGACGCCCGCGGCGGAUGCCCUCUAUGCCCUGCUGCGCGCCUUCCGCUGGGCGCACGUGGCGCUGGUGACCGCCCCCCAGGACCUGUGGGUGGAGGCGGGACGCUCACUGUCCACGGCGCUCAGGGCCCGGGGUCUGCCCGUUGCCUUGGUGACCUCCAUGGAGCCCUCGGACCUGUCUGGAGCCCGGGAAGCCCUGAGGAGGGUCCAGGAUGGGCCCAGAGUCAGAGCAGUGAUCAUGGUGAUGCAUUCGGUCCUGCUGGGCGGCGAGGAGCAGCGCAGCCUACUGGAGGCUGCAGAGGAGCUGGGCCUGGCCGAUGGGUCCCUGGUCUUCCUGCCCUUCGACACGCUCCAUUACGCCUUGUCUCCAGGCCCGGAAGCACUGGCCGCGCUCGCCAAUAGCUCCCAGCUUCGCAGGGCCCACGAUGCGGUGCUCACUCUCACGCGUCGCUGUCCGCCGGGAAGCAGCGUGCUGGACAGCCUGCGCAGGGCCCAAGAGCAUCAGGAGCUGCCCUCUGACCUCAAUCUGCAGCAGGUAUCCCCACUCUUCGGCACCAUUUACGACUCGGUCUUCUUGUUGGCCGGGGGCGUGGCGCGAGCCCGGGCGGCCGCAGGUGGCGGCUGGGUGUCUGGAGCAGCUGUGGCCCGCCAUGUCCGGGAUGCCCAGGUCACCGGCUUCUGUGGGACCCUGGGAGGAACCGAGGAGCCCUCAUUCGUGCUACUGGACACGAAUGCGGCAGGGGACCGACUGUUUGCUACAUAUGUGCUGGACCCCACCCAGGGCUUCUUCCGCUCCGCUGGAACCCCAGUGCAUUUUCCUAGAGGGGGACGGGGGCCUGGACCCGACCCCUCAUGUUGGUUCGACCCAGACAUCAUCUGCAAUGGAGGAGUGGAGCCCCGCCUCGUCUUUAUCGGCUUCCUCCUGGUGGUUGGGAUGGGGCUGGCAGGGGCCUUCCUGGCUCAUUAUUUUAGGUACCGGCUUCUUCACAUCCAAAUGGUCUCCGGCCCCAACAAGAUCAUCCUGACUCUGGACGACAUCACUUUCCUCCACCCACAGGGGGGCAGUUCUCGAAAGGUAGCCCAGGGCAGUCGAACAAGUCUGGCGGGCCGCAGCAUGUCAGACGUUCGCAGCCUCCACAGCCAGUACCCGGAUAGCACCAACAUCGGCCUCUACGAGGGAGACUGGGUUUGGCUGAAGAAAUUCCCGGGGGAUCAGCACAUAGCUAUCCGCCCAGCCACCAAGAUGGCCUUCUCCAAGAUCCGGGAGCUCCGGCACGAGAACGUGGCCCUCUACCUGGGGCUCUUCCUGGCGGGAAGCACAGGCGGUGCGGCGGCCCCCGGGGAAGGCAUGCUGGCCGUGGUCUCAGAGCACUGUGCCCGCGGCUCCCUCCAAGACCUCCUCGCCCAGAGAGACAUAAAGCUGGACUGGAUGUUCAAGUCCUCUCUGCUGCUGGACCUCAUCAAGGGAAUAAGGUAUCUGCACCAUCGAGGCAUGCCCCACGGGCGGCUGAAAUCACGGAACUGCGUGGUGGACGGGAGGUUCGUGCUUAAAAUCACCGACCACGGUCACGGGCGACUGCUGGAAGCACAGAGGGUGUUACCGGAGCCUCCCAGCGCCGAGGACCAGCUAUGGACAGCCCCAGAGCUGCUUCGGGACCCUGCCCUGGAGCGGCGGGGAACACUAGCCGGUGACGUGUUCAGCCUGAGCAUCAUCAUGCAGGAGGUGGUGUGCCGCAGCCCCCCCUACGCCAUGCUGGAGCUGCCGCCUGAGGAAGUGGUGAAGAGGGUGCAGAGCCCCCCGCCGCUGUGCCGGCCCUCGGUGUCCAUGGACCAGGCGCCCAUAGAGUGCAUCCAGCUGAUGAAAAAGUGCUGGGCAGAGCAGCCGGAACUUCGGCCCUCCAUGGAUCGCACCUUCGACCUGUUUAAGAGCAUCAACAAGGGCCGGAAGAUGAACAUUAUCGACUCGAUGCUGCGGAUGCUGGAGCAGUACUCCAGCAACCUGGAGGACCUGAUCGGGGAGCGCACAGAGGAGCUGGAGCUGGAAAAGCAGAAGACAGACCGGCUGCUCACACAGAUGCUGCCUCCGUCUGUGGCAGAGGCUCUGAAGAUGGGGACCCCUGUGGAGCCUGAGUAUUUCGAGGAGGUGACACUGUACUUCAGUGACAUUGUGGGUUUCACCACCAUCUCAGCCAUGAGUGAGCCCAUCGAAGUCGUGGACCUACUCAACGACCUCUACACGCUUUUCGAUGCCAUCAUCGGCUCCCAUGAUGUCUACAAGGUGGAGACGAUUGGGGACGCCUACAUGGUGGCCUCAGGGCUGCCCCAGCGCAACGGGCAGCGGCACGCGGCGGAGAUCGCCAACAUGGCCCUGGACAUCCUCAGCGCCGUGGGCUCCUUCCGCAUGCGCCACAUGCCCGAGGUGCCCGUGCGCAUCCGCAUCGGCCUGCACUCGGGCCCGUGCGUGGCGGGCGUGGUGGGCCUCACCAUGCCGCGGUACUGCCUGUUCGGGGACACGGUCAACACGGCCUCGCGCAUGGAGUCCACAGGGCUGCCUUACCGCAUCCACGUGAACAUGAGCACCGUGCGGAUCCUCUGCGCCCUAGACCAGGGCUUCCAGACGGAGGUGCGGGGCCGCACCGAGCUGAAGGGCAAGGGCGCCGAGGACACGUACUGGCUGGUGGGCAGACGCGGCUUCAACAAGCCCAUCCCCAAACCGCCUGACCUGCAACCGGGGGCCAGCAACCACGGCAUCAGCCUGCAGGAGAUUCCCCCCGAGCGGCGCCAGAAGCUGGAGAAGGCGAGGCCCGGCCAGUUUUCCGGGAAAUGAGACCUGGCCUGGGACAGGAUUAUUCCAGAAGGUCCUUUUCCGGAAAGUUGCUGCUGUAGAUGACCAAAAGUCUGGCUAGUACCAGUGGCUUCUGUCCAGCUGCCUCAAAGGAUACUGGACCUUUGCAAGAGCUGCUCGCAAGCCGGCUGUGAGACCUUGGGAAAGUCUCGUGCGCUCUCUGGGCUGGGCUUCCCCUCCGUGGUGGAAGAUGCUUUCCACACAGCCCCAGCCCUGACAGCUGGGCACCAGCGUGGUUGGCCUUGGGAUCUGGGGUGCUGAGCGUGUGGCCUCCAGCCCCAGUGACCCUGAGGUCCAUCAGGAGAUGCUGGGCAGGGGGUUCUCCACUUUCCAGCGCCUCCUGCUCCACCAAAGCAGGGGUGGUCCCGUGGCCUGAGGAUUCCAGGGCUUCUGUUUGGCCUCAAGCGUCCUUUCGUUCCACAUCCCGCACCAGUCAGAAACUGGUUCCUUCUCCUGUGGCAUAACCACGUCACUUGCCCAAGUGCAAAGAAAAGCUUGCUUCAAAGCUUUGGGGAGAGGAAUGGAAAUAAACUGCACCAAACCACUCCUGA